AUGCAAUUAUACUUGCUCUUGCUUAUCUUUCCAUUGGCGGUAGCAAGAGUGGAUCCCGAUUAUGGAUCAAAAUUUGACACCGAUGUUCUUAUGCGGGCCUUAGGAGUGCCAAUAUGUAUCCGCAAGUGUGUUGAUCCUUUAAUGAUGCAAGUAGCCAGUAUUUGGGAUUUACGUAACAUCGUCCAAAAAGCGAAACCUUUGUGCCAGGGUCACUCGAUGGCUAUGCAAUGUUUACAAAGAAAUCCUUCUUGUGACGUUCAUCAAAUUUUCAAGACAGCUGCCAGUGCCAUCGAAAAAAUGUGCGGAGAGCGAGCCCCACUUUUCGAGAAAAUGCGUCCAUGUUUGGAAAAACACGCCGAUGGCGCAGUACAGACAUGCGAUGCCAAAUGCAAAGGUCGUUCCACUGUUAAUGCAUUUUUGAACCACCCGGUUGUUGUUAGGGCAGCAAAGAGCGGUGGAGAUCUCAUAGGGGUUGCAGGUCAGGUUGGAAGUCUGUGCAGAGUGGGAGGCGCGGCGUGUCGCGUCGCGGUUUCACGUGAAUCGCAUUUUGCGCGUUUAUAUACAGAGGAAAUUGACAAGUACGUUAAAAGGCAGUAAAU